UCAUGCGCCGCCAACAUAACGGCCAUUUGUAAUUUUUUCAUGUACUUCCAGCUGCGCGCAAAAAUUAUCAAUUUUCUUGCGUUUUAUUUGUUAGGCUAUCGUUAUUCUCAAUUAAAAUUUUUUUUAACGCACUUUUAUAAAUCUAUAUAAAAUAUGGCACCAAAAAAAUCUAAACGUACGGUAUCUUCGGACGAUACAUCUGAUUCUGGACCUGAUGAUAGAAAUCCUCCACCAAAAAAGUCUAAGCAAACUGAAAAAAAAGAAACUAAAAAAAGUACUUCUAAUGAAGAAGAACAUUCUUGGGUUUUAGAAAGGAAUCGCUUUGUUAAAGUUAGAGAUUUCAAGGGAAAACUUUAUGUUGACAUACGUGAAUUCUAUGAAAAAGAUGGAAACUUACUUCCUGGAAAAAAAGGAAUAUCAUUAACUAUGCAACAAUGGAAUAAAUUACUUGACCAUGUUGAGGAUAUUAAAGACUCUAUCAAUAAGCUGGGAUAAUUUAUCCUUUUAAUAAAUAAUAGAUCUAUAAACAGUUAAUGAUCAUGUUAAAAUUUUAAGUCUUUAAUUUUAAUGCUGACAUUUAUUUUAAAUGUGAUUCUUUUUAAAUGUAAGCCAGUAAUUUUUUAUUUUUAUUUAAUCUAAAUUUACAUUAAUUAUUAAUAUUGUUAAACUUUAAUUUAUGAUUCUGUAAUUUAAUUUUUUUUCUUACUUUUAAACUUAUAAAAUAUAUUUGAUUUGAAUAAAAGACAUUUGUAUUGAAAUGUGUAAUUUGUCAAAAUAAAUAUAUUUUUCAAUAUUACUUUAAAAUA